CACCUUCCCCUUUACAACUAGUCAUUCAAUCGCUCCCUGCGGCUCCACGACAGGCGGUUUCUCUUACCCUUCAUUUAUUUGGGGUCUUCUAUCAACCUCUUUACCUGCUGCUUUUAUCUAUUGGGGGUCUGACAUCCCGGCCCCCCACAUUCACUUGUAUCCCGACUAUAAACCGACUCACCGGGAAACUUUAUAAAACGCGCGUCUCCGCCAAUCCAGUCGCUGUCAGUCGCUGCUUUUCUAUUUAGCAAGACAUGAGCAUCUCGCUCGGAUUGUUGUGGUUAUGUUUGGCGUCUGUGGUGCGAUUUGGGCAGAUGUCGCAGCUGGCUGAGGAGGGACUCCUGAAAGAUGACACCAUUGCGAAUUUACUUUCGGACGAGAACGUCGUGGUGCCAGAUAUGAACCCCCAUGUGCGGUUUAACGUCCACUUCUCCAAGUACGACAGUGGCUGCUUCCUGAUUCCCGGCCAGGAGGAAUGCUUGGGCAACUGCAACUACAACACGUCGGCCAAGACCUUUAUUGUUAUCCAUGGAUGGAGUAUGAGCGGUUUGUUUGAGACUUGGUUGCACCGGUUGGUAGGGGCCCUGCAGGAAAGAGAGCGCUAUGCCAACGUCAUUGUUGUGGACUGGAUGAAUCUGGCGCACCAGCUCUAUCCUGAUGCUGUGAAUAACACCAUGGUGGUUGGGAAGGACAUUGCUGUGCUUAUGGACUGGUUGCAGGAGAAAGCAAACCUCUCCCUUGAAAACGUUCACCUCAUUGGCUACAGUCUUGGUGCACACGUUGCUGGUUAUGCAGGAAACUUUGUCACCGGAAGAAUCGGCCGUAUAACAGGUCUGGAUCCAGCAGGACCUAUGUUUGAAGGAGCAGAAGCCCACAAACGCCUUUCUCCAGAUGAUGCAGAUUUUGUAGAUGUUCUCCAUACUUACACAAGGGAAGCUUUGGGGGUCAGCAUUGGGAUUCAGAUGCCUAUUGGCCACAUUGAUAUAUAUCCCAAUGGUGGAGACUUUCAACCAGGCUGUGGUCUAAGUGAUGUUCUCGGGGCAAUUGCAUAUGGAAGCAUCGGCGAUGCAGUAAAAUGCGAGCAUGAAAGGUCCGUGCACUUGUUUGUGGAUUCCCUUAUUCACAAGGACCAAGAGAGCUUCGCUUUCCAAUGCACUGACUCUGAUCGCUUCAAGAAGGGCAUUUGCCUGAGCUGCCGCAAGAACAGAUGCAACGCUAUUGGCUACAAUGCAAAGCGAAUGAGGAGCAAGCGCAACAGCAAGAUGUUCCUCAAAACCCGGGCACAGAUGCCAUACAAAGUUUUCCAUUAUCAGAUGAAAAUGCACAUUUUCAAUUACAAAGAUGCACUGGAAUCCGAGCCCACCUUUUCUGUGACUCUCAUGGGAACCUUGAAUGAUUCUGCCCCUCUGCCCCUUGCAGUUCCCGGGGAGAUCGGAUACAACUAUACAAACACAUUCCUGGUUUACACAGAAGAAAACAUUGGGGAGCUCUUGAAGAUCCAGCUGAAGUGGGAUGGAACCAAACAGUCCUGGUAUUCCUUUUGGAACUCCUUCCAGAACUACUGGGCCAAGAAUGACGUCAUUGACAAAGAACUCCAUAUCCGACGCAUACGAGUAAAAUCCGGGGAGACCCAGCAAAAGUUUACAUUCUGUCUUGAAAAUCCGGAAUCAACUGUUAUAAUGCCUGGUAGUGACCUUGUAUUCGCCAAGUGUAGAGACGGUUGGGAAGUCAAGCCACGAAAGCGUGUGAGCCUGUAAUGUACCAGCAAUGGCGGGGUGUCUCCUGUCUCCUGCAGCCUUGUCCACGGAAGACCAAAUAACCUGUGAACAAGGAAAGGUUCUGUGUAUCGCACUGAAGAUAUGGCUGCUGGUUAAUAGCCGAAGCCAACAAGGACAGACGGCUGCAGGGAGUCCCUUCAGCCAAUGAACAGCUCGACGGAGCUCAACCAAAACCGUAGCACUAACUCUGUGGUGGGGAUGGGGGGGGGGGGGUAAAGGGGUGGAAGUCUUGUUACGCUUAAGGGCUUUGUAUUACUUUAAAAGUGAUGGUGGCCCACCAUGAUAACAUGUAGCCAGCAAGUGAAGGCGAAGAUAGGGUGGAAGGUGUGCUGGUUGUGGCUAGAGAAGACUACAUGUUGGCCACCGCUGAGGUCAAUGAAAGCCUGUUUACCUAUUUUGCUCUUCCAAUGGGUUUCUUCCCAUCUCCAUUUUUUUUUUUUUAAAGGAACAGUAAUGUUACGAAACUGUCUUCUAUGAAGUACAGUGCAGCAACAUGUUUGGAUGCUUCCAGAGCAGGUCAACAAGUUGCUUUUGUUUUGAAAGAGCGUAUGUGAUCUCUGGAAGAGAAUAUGCAAGCCGUGCGUGUAGUACGAGUAGUAGUAGUAUGCUUGACGCUUUAUAGCUUCAUCGGCCAUGUGUUUAUUUAUGGUCUCACACUGAAUUCCUAUCAUUUCUCUGCAAAAAAGCACUUUGUUUUCAACAUUACUGUCCCUUUAAAAUGCCCUGAUCAUAACUAUGCCGGCCAUCUCAACGCUCAAGGCUUACAGUACGAUCAAAGGGAAUCCAUUAGCCUUGAGUCAUGUGGCAUUGCAGGAAUUCUCAUGCUGCUGUUUUUUCUUUUUGGUUUGAGAAACAAAAUCAAAGUUGGGACUACUAUUCUAAAUGGCUCUAAAUCCAUCCCUUCCCCCACCAAACCACCAUUUGCACCAACCUUAUCCCACUAAGCCUUCCAGCUGUUGACCUUAAAUAAUCUGUAUACAUUGUAUCGCCUACCCAACCUUCUGCUUGGACAUCCUUAACAUCCACUCUUAAUUUCUGCUAGCCAGUUCUUUCUUUACCAUGUGUGGGUUGCUACGAAGGUAGACUGCUUAGAUACACCCAUGCUGCAGUUUCGCUGGGUGGUAAUGUCUUGCUGUAGACUGUUUGUAUUUUGGAGGCCAUCUGAUGUCUUCUGCCUGUUCCAAAGUAGAAGACUGGUUAAUUAGAAGUGAGACCAAUGGAAGUGUUGUUGUACUUGGGGACAUCCUGCUUAUGUCCUUCCAUUGCCACAUUAAUGCUAUGAUGGACACCUCUCCAUUUUAUUAAAAGGGCUAUGAUUGGUGUUCUACAUGAGGACAGUUUUGGACAUAGCUUCAUUGGAUUUUAGACCUUUUUCAUUCAUGAUCUAAAAUCAUGUAGUUGGGUAUCAUCCAGAAGAGCUCCACUCUUGGAUAACCUUCUCCUUGAUGGGACUAAUAGAAGAUCUUCUUGCUUUAGGGUUUCUGUCCUUUCUAAAUUCGCUUCCAAUCUCAGAACUGGUUUUAGUCCUGUUUUAGCUUUGGUAUACUCAACAUUUGGGUGCUUGAGCUAUAAGGUUACAUCUGCGUUACUGUAGUUUAUGCUCGUAACCUCUUGAGAUCCACCUACUCUGUAUAUGAAGUUUUACCUGCAACUGAAGAUGUAUUUAUUGACCUAUGUUACAUUACAUGCAGUAUUAAAGAGGUGCUGGGGGUGGAGGUUAAUUAUUGUCGAGAAAUACCAUUCCUGUAGUAGAAGAUGGCUAAUGUUUGACCUUUAUUUUUUAAAGACGUAGCAGAUCAGGGCUGUAUGGUCCAUGGUGUAGCCUCUGUGAAGGUUACUUUUGGUCAUGGGGAUGGUAACUGAUAUGAAUCUAUGUCCACCUUGUAAAGUUACAUUUCAGAGCGUUGUAAUAUUUGUGCAUAUUUAUAGAUCUUUGAUAUCAAACAAUAUUCAGCCUUUCCCGACACCUUCAUAGAGGACCAGUCUCCAUUUGUGUCCGGACCGUGCUCCUCUGAUACCAGCAGGGUUAUGGCUGCCCAGUUUCUCUGAUGCCUUGAUGACAUAUUUAUGAAUUUGUACAUACUGCCUUUUGUAAAUUGAUAUUUAUAUAUGUAUAUCAUGACAUUGUAUUUGUUAAUGGCUUAAUACUAUUUUCUAGGAUAUUUAAAGAAAGCUUUGUAAUGUCUUAUUUAAAUAAAAUGAAUUUGUGUA